AUGCUAUACCCGCGCAGACUACAAAAGCUUCCAUGCAAAGACGAAUCUGGUCUAGUACCGAUGCAUCUCUACACCGCAGGGGUGUUGUUCCGGCCGUACUCGAUCCUGUUAGUGGAGCAUUUGGCCGAACCGUGGACAGAGUUGGUUAGUCGCACUACUGGACAGCUACGUUAUUUCAACUCUCACACAUCCGAAUCAACUUUUACCAUUCCGCCGGAUCAAGUUUUGUCUUUUACACAAACUCACUUCCUGAAGGUUCCAUGGAUUAUUGCCCAAGACUGCGAUAUCACUGUUCCUCGUCUAAUUGAGCAUUUGGAGCCAUUUCUCCGGGCCAGUCCGUAG